AUGGCCUCGAAAAUCGUAGUCAUUGGCGGCGUUGAUGGCCAGUUUCCAGACGUCUUCAAGAAGAUUGCUGGGCUGCACGCCAAAAACAACUUCGCAUUUGCUAUUGUGGUCGGCAAUCUCUUCGCCGAUCCGCAGGUCGCCACUCCCGAUGAUGCGAAGAAUGAAACCGACCUCAUUGCCGGGAACAUCGAUCUCCCGCUGCCCAUUUACUUCGCUCUUGGCUCCAGCUCGCUGCCCGAAAAGGUCAUCGAGAAGCUCGACAGCUCUGGCGGUGAGCUAUGCUCGAACCUCUACUUUCUCGGCAAGCGCAGCACCCUGAAGACCUCGGAAGGAAUCCGCAUUGUUGCCCUGGGCGGGUCAUUGGAUCCCAACGUUGCCGCAGGCGUCUCCAAGGACAAGUACCCGCCCUACUAUGGAGAAGACGAUGCCCGCGCUCUGAAAGGCGCCAACACCGCCGAUAUCCUUGUCACGAGCGAAUGGCCGGCCGGCGUCCAGACUGGCUCCAAGGUCGAGUUCGCUGCGGACAAGCCGUUCCAACAACAGUGCAUAGCCGAUCUUUGCACUGCUGUCAAGCCGCGCUAUCAUUUCUCCACCACUCCGCCCGCCUUCUACGAACGCGAGCCAUUCUUCCAUGCGCCCACUGAAGACGCUGGGGAUGGCUAUCGUAUUACUCGCUUCAUCAGCCUCGCCUCAUACGGCAACCCCAACAAGGCCAAGUGGAUCUAUGCUUUCUCCAUCGACCCCGCAGCAGCGCCUCCGGUGAGCAUCCCUUCUGGUACAACGGCAUCGCCCCUCUCCUUUGUUGGCAAGAAGAGGUCCAAGCCCAGCCAGGAAUCCAACUUCCGCUUUUCCACCGACGACGGUAAUCGCAAGCGCGGGAACAAACGUCAGCGCGCAGGGCCACCGUCGCAAAGCGAGUGCUUUUUCUGCCUGUCGAACUCGACCAUCGCUACUCACCUAAUCACAUCCAUCGGCAACGAUGUAUACCUCACCAUACCAAAGGGCCCACUGACAACCGCGACUACAUACGCCCCCGGACUGAACCUGCCUUGCCACGUUCUCAUCAUUCCGUUGUCCCACUCACCCACGCUUGGUGCCAUAGAAGAUGCAGAAAGCCGCAAAAGCACAUUCGACGAGAUGGAACGCUACCGCAAUGCGUUGCAGAAGAUGGUGGCGGAAACCAGCGACUCCAAACUGGGUGCCGUUACGUGGGAGGUCAGCAGGCUGGGUGGAGUGCAUACGCACUGGCAGUUUCUCCCCAUGCCCGUGGAUCUGAUCGAGCGCGGAUUGGUGGAGGCUGCAUUCAAGGUUCAGGCACAGAAUGAAGGGUACCCCAAACUUGAGAAAAAAGAUGUAGGAGACGGAUUUGAGGAGGGCAACGACUUCUUCCGUCUGAAGAUGUGGCGCCCCACCAAUGAUGACUCGGACGGCACGGAAACAAGUCUUGUCCUACCGCUUGAUGCGUCGUACCGAUUCGAUCUGCAGUUCGGCCGACGGGUGGUGGCCAAGUUGCUGGGAUUGGACAACAGGAUCGGCUGGCGGGAGUGCGCACAGACGCACGAGGAGGAAGUAGGCGACGCGGAGGCGUUCAAGGCAGCCUUCAAGGCAUAUGACUUCUCUCUAUAG